GGAAAAAAAAAGAAAAGUCCUCCCUUGUUACUUGAACCUUCUGCUCUUCCUCCACAAUGCCGCUCAUCCUCUAUGCCCUUUGUAUCUGUUUUCUCGUUGCAGAGACUCAUGUGAUCAACGUGGGCAACGACACAGAAGGACUGGGGUCAAAAGUAUUUCUGGGCUUCCAGGCCCCGUGGAAUUUCUCGUACCCGUUCAGUGCCCAGCGCCUGGGCGCUGCGAUUGAACUGGCCAUCGAUAAGAUUUACAAAGAGUGGGACAUGGAGCAGUUGGGGAUGGGGAACAAGACCUGGGAGGUGGUGUACACCGAUUCCGGCUGCAGCGCCAAAACCGCCCUCCCUGCGUUCAUCGAUCAGUUCAAGAAUCACAACAUUUCCGCCAUUUUUGGGCCAGUUUGUCCAGAAGCAGCCGAGGUCACAGGCUUGCUGGCCUCCGCUUGGAAUAUUCCCAUGUUCGGGUUUGUGAGUCAGACAGCAAAAAUGGAUAACAUUGUUCUUUAUGACACUUACAUCAAAAUGGUGUCACCCCUCCAAAGAAUAGCGGAAGCCUGCGAGAAGACCUUGAAUUAUUUCCAAUGGCAGUAUAUCGCCUUGUUCGGAGGGGCGUCAGGGGGCUCAACCUGGGAGAAAAUUGACGAACUCUGGUGUUCCUUGCAAAGACAACUGGCUGCCAACUUCACCAUCACAGCCAAGAUCAAAUUUGACAUGGGGAACCUGGACGAUGUUCGGGAAAAUCUUCUUUUAGUUGCUUCAGCUGCACGAGUGAUCAUUUUAGUGACCAGCUCAGCAGAUGCCAAAGUCGUUUUACAGGAGGCGGAGAAACAAGGACUAACAGAUGGACGCUACGUGUUUAUUAUGUUGCAGCAGUUCGAAGUCAGCGGAUUCCUGGAACUGUUUUGGAAGGACUCAUUCGUCGGCGAAAGCACCCAAAAUAAAUUCAAGGCUUAUGACCCGGUGCUCAUGAUUGCCCUGAAUUCCAGUUACAGCUACACGUCCUUCUUGAAGAAGGUCUAUGAGAAACUGAAAGGACCUCCGUACUACAGCGAAAUCACUUCUGAGAGCCAGGUGAGCCCCUAUGCCGCUUACCUUCAUGACUCGGUCUUAAUGUAUAUGCUGGGAUUAAGGCUAAAUCUGAAGCAAGGGAAGCAUAUGAUGGAUGGAAGGUCAAUGGUGGAAAGUCUGAGAGGAUACAACAACACGCAGCUCUAUGGAGUCACUGGCUUGCUGAGCAUUGAUGAAAAGGGACAGCGUUUCAUUGAUUACUCCGUAUAUGACCUGCAGUCGGUUAGCAAUAUGUCUCAAUUUGUCGCGGUUCUGCAGUAUGACAGUUACCACAAAGUGAUCAGCCCUACAGAUGCCUUCCAAUACAUCAGCUGGCCUGGACCCCAUCGCCCUGAUGACCGUCCAGACUGCGGCUUCUCCAAUGAGCUGUGCCAGGCAACAAUAAUCGACACCCCUAUGAUCGCUCUGAUUGGUUCCCUCGUAGUGACUGCUGUGGGAGGAGUUUUUUUUGCCAUAUUCCUCUUGGUUCAGAAAGGAAAACUUAGAAAGCAGUUUGAUGACGACACUUGGUGGCAGAUUAAAUAUGAAGACAUCACAUUUUUGAAGGGCACCAAGGCCAAUCCUGGGGGAUCGGCCACCAGUACGCCAACAGCAUCAAAGCGGUUUGGGAGUUUUGGAUCGAGCGCCGUCAUGUCCAGCAAUCAGAGUUACGGCUUUACUGACAAGCAAGGAAAAGAGAUCGUAUAUACCAACGUUGGUGUUUACCAGGGUAGCAAUGUGGCCCUUAAGAUUCUCAUUGACCAAAUAGCGUCUUUGCGAGUGAAGAAGCCAUCCGUGCUAAAGGAAUUUCGCAUAAUUCGAGAGUUGAAACAUGAGAGUCUCAUCACUAUUUAUGGUGUCUGCAUUGAGCCCCCCAAUGUCUGCAUUCUGAGCCAGUACUGCAAGAAGGGCAGUCUGAAGGAUGUUUUGCACAAUAUUGACAUUGAGCUGGAUUGGGUCUUCAAGCUCUCCUUUGCAUAUGACAUUGUUAACGGGAUGGGCUUUCUCCACAGCAGCCCUCUGGUCUCUCACGGAAAUCUGAAGCCCACCAACUGCCUGGUAGACAGCCGCAUGCAGGUCAAGCUCUCCGGCUUUGGCUUAUGGGAAUUCAAAUAUGGAACGACACAUCGAGACAUCACUCUUAAAAAUGUCAUCCACUCCGAACUUUACUGGACAGCUCCAGAGCUGUUACGGAUGGGGAGAUUCCUUUUCCAGGGCACACCGAAAGGGGACGUGUACAGCUUCGCCAUAAUUAUGAGAGAGCUCAUUCAUAACAGUGAUGACGGACCUUUCCAGGACUUCAACAUGGAUGCAGAAGACAUCAUUCACAAAAUCAAAGACCCGAACGCCGUGGUUCCGAUGAGACCGACCAUAUCAGUAGAGAAAUGUAAUGAGCGCAUCGUGACCAUGCUGAAGAUGUGCUGGGAUGAGAACCCAGAUCGGAGGCCGUCCUUCACCUCCAUAAAGAGGAGCCUGCGAGGAGCCAGUCCUGAAGGACAUGUCAGCAUUCUAGACAACAUGGUGAAUAAGCUGGAGAAAUACGCCAAUCACUUGGAGGAUGUGGUGGAUGAACGCACUGUGCAGCUGAUAGCCGAGAAGAAGAAAACGGACAAGUUGCUGUCAACGAUGCUGCCAAGCUUCAUCUCAGAGCAGCUGAUGGCCGGUAAAUCGGUGGAGCCGGAGAGUUUCAGCUCAGUCACCAUCUUCUUCUCAGACAUUGUGGGCUUUACGACGCUCUGCUCUUCCAGCACUCCGCUGGAGGUGGUCGAUCUGCUCAAUGACCUGUACAGCCUGUUCGAUGAGAUCAUCAAGACGUAUGAUGUAUACAAGGUGGAAACAAUCGGGGACGCAUAUAUGGUCGCCAGUGGUCUUCCACUCCGAAAUGGUAUCCAGCACGUGGCAGAGAUCUCUACCAUGUCUCUCCAUUUUCUCAGCGCCAUGAUGUCCUUCCGCAUACGACACGUGCCAGACGAGAAGCUGAACCUGCGGAUCGGACUGAACACAGGUCCAGUGGUUGCUGGUGUGGUGGGGGUGACCAUGCCCAGGUACUGCCUGUUUGGGGACACAGUUAACAUGGCAUCAAGAAUGGAAAGCAACAGUCUACCUCUGCGGAUUCACAUCUCUGAAACCACAGCCAGCGCUCUGAGAGACAUUGGGGGAUAUGAAAUAAAAGAAAGGGGAUUUGUCCAGGUAAAGGGCAAGGGGAAGCAGAAGACUUAUUGGCUGAAGAGUAAGGCCGGGUUCCGGAUGCCUCUCCCAGAUUUCCCAGAAGAUUGGAAGGAUCCUCUCCACAACUUAUCGGAGGAGGAACUGGUCAUCGUGAACUGAUGAGAGGACCUGUUGCUGAAUAUUAGUAAAAAUAAACCGUUUUUUUUUUAUCCUUUAUUAACA